UGUGAAGGUAGAAUGUGUAGAUACUAACCUGCAGGAAACACAACUGGCAACUCCACAGCACGCUCGCUUCCUCUGACGUUAGCUGAAAACUCAACAACAGAAUGCUCCGGUUAGUUAGCUAAUAACCGUCUUCUGCCGUUACCGGCUAGUUUAAACAGUGGAUACUCACCUUGCACCUUACAAGGACCCUUGGGACUGUUGUUCUAACGUUGUGUCGUAGUUGACAACUAGCUUGGUUUUAUGGAUAAAUGCCGGUGCAAAGUGGACAACAUAAGCUAGUCUUUUGCUGUGGCUAAAUUAGUUAGCUAGCUAACUAGCGCAUAUGCUAGCAUUAGCGUGACUAACGUUACGUCCACAGGAGAACAUUCUGACUUGGAGGAAGGAAGGGAGGAAAUUGAUAAGUAGGAACACUGUGCACCGUUGCUUAUGCAAAGCUAGCACUUUUUUCGACUCCCGUCUUCACGCACCCUGACGCAUUUGGAAAAGGUGACUAUUUGUCCACCCUGUGCGACAUAUAACACUUUUUGGUCAAUAAUAUAGCUGUUAGUGGGGGUAGCUAGCUGUCAACAACAACAGUCCUUCUGGCUAGCUGUAUAGCGGACGAGAGCUAGCACGCUGGCCCCGAACUUUAAACAAGUUUACAAGUCAGAUGUCAGAUGCAGUUCUAUAACUGAUUUAGUUCAACCAGCAAACCGGUGUUUCAACUUUUAAUUGGCGGACUCUUUCACUCAGAUCCGCUCUAGCGGUUCUAGUGAACAGAAGAAACUGAUGGCAACGGAAGUUAUUGAGAGUGAAGCUGUGCUGAAGGGUGUAGGUGAUAUGAAUUUAAACAAAAGCAGCCCAGAUUUUGUCACUCCCAGGAAGACUCUUGAAGAGCUGGGAAACAGACAGGCGUCUAGUCCUUCAUCUUCUGGAGUGUCUGGAGAAUGUGAUGAGGAGGAACUAGACGAAUUAGAAAAUAGCACAACGUCUACAGUGGAAAAUGGCGAAGAGGCACUUCAAGAGAGUCUAACCAAAGCAAGAGGUACGCCACAGGAAAGGACAACUCCAGACAAUGAGCAGGAACAGCCGGGAGCGAGAAGCUCUACCCCGGUGAGCCUCCCCCAGCCCCGCUGUCCCCCUGGACCCAUUGGAAGCUUGGAGCGCCAAGAGUCAGUUGCCACAACAGAAGCUCGUCUAAGGAUGGAAGGAGUUGAACUCAAGGAGGAGUGGCAGGAUGAGGACUUUCCACGGCCCCUACCGGAGGAAGAGGAGCUGGAAGGCUAUGGAAUGGAUCAUGGCAAGAAGGCAAAGAGGAAGCUCACCGCUCCGGACAUCAGUCUCACUCUGGACCGCAGCGAAGGCUCCCUCCUCUCCGACGACCUGGAUGAGAGCACAGAGCUGGACCUCGAUGACAUAGACACACCGUCAGACAACAGUAAUGAGUUUGAAUGGGAAGAUGACCUCCCCAAGCCGAAAACCACAGAAGUCCUACAGAAGGGCAUGGAGUCCGUCCAGGAGUACUCCGCCUCGGAGGAGAGGGAGGAGGGUCGGCGCUGGAGGGUGUUUCGCAUCGGAGACCAGGAACACAGAGUGGACAUGAAGGCCAUCGAACCUUACAAGAGGGUUAUCAGCCAUGGAGGUUACUAUGGAGACGGUUUGAAUGCCAUAAUUGUGUUCGCUGUGUGCUAUAUGCCUGAAAGCAGUCAACCAAAUUACAGAUACAUCAUGGACAAUUUAUUCAAGUAUGUCAUCGGCACACUUGAACUUUUGGUUGCUGAGAACUAUAUGAUUGUGUAUUUGAACGGAGCCACCUCAAGGAAAAAGAUGCCAACUGUCGGCUGGCUCAGAAAGUGUUAUCAGCAGAUUGACAGGAGGUUAAGGAAGAACUUGAAGUCUUUGAUAAUCGUUCAUCCCUCCUGGUUUAUUCGCACGCUGCUGGCACUCACAAAACCUUUCAUAAGCACCAAAUUUAGUCAGAAACUCCAGUAUGUGUUCAGCUUGACAGACCUUGCAGAACUGGUUCCAAUGGAGUAUGUGUCCAUACCAGAUUGUAUCAAAGAGUUUGACGAAGAAAAAAAUAGGAAAAGCCGUAAAAGGUAUAUACACUUACAACCAGGGUCAGUCUCAGUUGCUCACCGAAAAACUUUGUAG